GAGAGGAGAAUAGGAAUAGGGAGGGUGUGUUGAUCCACCUGUAGAACAGACUCUCUGCUCCCUGUGUUUGGAGGAGUUUUAGAGAUUAAUGAGCUGCUAAAUGUUAACAGUAAUCUGUAGCUCCGGUUCCGGGCUGUAGCACCGGGCUGAGGGAGGGUUCUGUGCGGCGGGUGAGGAGAUAUAUCGCGGCGGUUUGAGGGAAUGUCAGAGUCGGAGCUGCUUCAGACUCCGGGAAUCGCGGGCUGAUAUUUCCUGUUGAGGAGAACUAGUCGAGCUGGACUGGGAUGAUAAAUAGGCUUUAACAGAGCGUGUGAAGAUGAGUGUGACCGCUUGGUUCCUGGUGAGCAGCUCGGGCACGCGACACCGCCUGCCACGGGAGAUGAUCUUUGUUGGCAGGGAGGACUGUGAGCUGAUGCUGCAGUCUCGCAGUGUGGAUAAACAGCAUGCUGUGAUCAACUAUGACCCGGCUACUGACGAGCACCUCGUUAAAGACCUGGGCAGCCUCAACGGGACCUUCGUGAAUGACCUCCGCAUCCCCGACCAGACCUACAUCACCCUGAAGCUCUCAGAUGUUGUUCGCUUCGGAUAUGAUUCUCACGUUUACAUCAUGGAGAGGAGUCAGCAUAAGGUUCCAGAGGAGGCCCUGAAGCAUGAGAAGUACACCAGUCAGCUCCAGAUGGGUUUGAAGGCCCUGGAUGCAAAGAAGAGAGAACAGGUGGAGGAAAAGAGCUGUAAAUCCACAGAGUCGCCUCGCUCCAAGCUGGACAAGAGUGAGAGGAAGUCUGCUACAGCCACAGAGACUCCUCUCUCCAAGCCUACUCCGCUGUAUGGCCAGCCUUCAUGGUGGGGUGAUGCUGACGAGGAGAAAAAGGGUCAGUCGAGGGAAAUAAGUGCAGAGAACCAGAAGGAAGAUUCCAGACAUGAAAUCAAUGGCUCCACCUCUGAACAUCAAGACGGCCCAGAUAAACCCGUUUACUCGUACCAGAAGGACGACAGUUACUUUGAGAUUCCCACUAAAGAGUUAAACUCACUGCAGAAAACUGCAGAACCAGAGGUCCAAGUGAUCCCAACAAAAGACACGGACUCCAGAGCGCCCCCUACGCCUCCUGUAGUGCAGAGCCACGCCUCUUUCACCAUCGAAUUCGACGACUGCACUCCUGGAAAAAUGAAAAUUAAAGAUCACGUAACAAAAUUCUCCUUCCGCCAACGAAAGACCCCCAGCAAGGAGUCGGUCUGCACACCAACGGAGGUGAUUUCUGCAGAGAGCAAAGUAGCUGAUUGGCUCGUGCAGAGUGACGCAAGUAUGGCCAGGAGAAAGUCCAGAUCAGAAGACCUUUACAGCAAUAAGAGUGACCUCUCUAUUAACAAAACACUAAAAGAUGGACACCAUCAUGAAGAUGGAACCCAGAGUGACUCUGAAGAUCCAGCCUUAAACACUCAAGAGGUUUUGCCGGCAGAUGCUGACGUUACGACACCUCCACGACUUUACACUCCUCCGGAGAGAGAGGAUCCUCCCGCCAGCUCGACGCCACGCUCUCAAAACCACGGCAAACAAGAAGCUCAGCAGGCUUUCGUGAUUGAGUUCUUUGGUGAUAAUGCACGAAAGAAGCGUUCACAGUCCUUCACCAAUAACACGUCUCCCCCAGAGUCCAGCGGUUCCCUUAAAAACAAAACGGAGAGGACGAAAGGUCCACCGCGGACUGGAGACCAGCUGUCGCUGUCUACUGCACGCAACGCUCCCACUCAACAGUUCACUGUUCCUCUGAAAGAUUCCAGUGGAUUCCAGAGAGCUGGAUCUUUGAGAAAGGAGAAAACUGAUGUUCGCAUGAGUUCCUCCAACUUUUCCUCUCGCUCAGCUUCUUCCAGAGCGUUUAACAGCGUCGGCCGCAGGUCCAAACUAGCGCAGGACUUCGCAGCGGAGUUCCUUAAAGUUUCAAAAACCAGUUCUUCUGCCAGUUGGGAGAAAUCCCAAUCCUCCACACCCUCACCAGCUUCUGAAUCAGCCUCCAUUCCCACGAUAAAUCCUUCUACUCAGCCUCUACCACCUGUAUCUACUGUAAAACAGCCCCAGGUUUCGCCCUCAGCAGCUUCCAUUGAGACGCCACUUCCUGCUUCUAAACCCACCAAUAGCACAGAAGUAAAAAACACUAAGGGUCAAAGGUUAGAGGAGGAUGACAGCCUGAGUGAUGCUGGAACCUACACUAUUGAAACAGAGGGACCUGAUAAAGAGGUGGAGGAGGCACGUAGCAGGAUCGAUCAGGUGUUUGGUGUUGGCGAGGGCCCUGAACACAGCAGUCAGCCCUCAGCAGGGGUUAGGACUGUAGUUGGGGACAGGGAGGGUCAGGAUAGCCUUCCGCUUAGUGAAGAGUGUCCUGGCCCGGUUCUGACCAAAUAUCCAGACUUUAGUGACCUAUCCAUGUGUCCAGCGCAGUUAGAAUCAAUGGUCUUAACUCCAGGUAAUACCAGGUGGGUUUCUCGUUGGGCUAGCUUGGCUGACAACUAUUCUGACUCAGGUUCAGCAUCAGGACUCUUUGACCUUCCAGUUCAGAUGGAUCUUUCAGCAGAUGGACGCAUCAUCCAUCAGGCUAUGCUAAAUCGAACCAUCGACGGUACAGAAACUGAGACUGGCCAAAGUUCUAGAGCACGUCGAAUUUUACCCCAAGUUCCCUCCAUGGAGAAGACAGAAACUCCUCCACCCAGCAUCCACGUACACUCAGACUCCUACCUACCAAACUACGAGAAUGUGGAGAAGAGCGUGCGAGGUUCACGGCAAAAAGAAGACCUGCAGAAGUUGUUCGUCCAGGAUGAUCUUGAACCAGACAGCCUUAGUGAUGCCAGCAAGUCAGAUGAUGGUUCCAUUGUGGAGCAGUGUAGAAAAACAACGAGUUCUGCGGUGAAAAGUCCGACAUCAUCUAAACAUCUAAAAGAAGCAUCAUCAUCAUCAUCAUCAUCUUCUGCUUCUGGUGGAUCCAAGAUGGUAAAGGACCAAGAUGGCAGUCCCAAGUUCUCUACAGCCACUAUAACCAGACAACAUGGCGGCCAUGGCGCCUCCAAUGACAAAUCCAAUCAUUCUCCUCCCAGCAGGGAUACGUCUCAAUCUGUGGAGAGCUCUUUGUCUCUCCUCAGACAAGAGAGCUUCACCAAAGAUCGUCCCAGUGAUGACGUUCAUUUUACGAGAUUGCCUCAUAUCUCAACUUUCGACUCGUCUUCAAGCGUUGAUAAGAAUGCUUUCAAAGCCGCGUGCAGCCAAGACACUCAAUCGUACCUCAAAGAGACGGAGAAUGUUCUCGCGUCUUUGGAAGCCAAGCUCCAGGGACAGAGUUAUGACAGUAAUGUCCAGCCCUGUCCUUUGGAGGAUUCGCUUUCUGGGGAUUCAGAUGUGGACACAUCCAGUACUGUCAGCCAACGUAGUGGUAAAAAUGUGGUCUCUUCAGCCCCUAAGAAGCCAGUGAUGCUCAGUGGACUCUUAAAGGAGAAGCGAACUGUCAGUCAGCAAGUUCAAGAACAAAAUUCAAGAUUUCAGUCUCCUGUCGAAGCUCAAUCUCAGGUUUUCAGGUCUCUUCCAGUAGAAAGUGAUUAUAAGGUGGAGUCGGAUAAGCGCAUGCAGUUGCGCCACAGUUCAGGAAAACACGGAUCUCUUGACUUCGGUAAUGAACCUCAGACGUCGACUUUGCGCCAGUGGCCGGAAACCGUUUCAGACCAGGAGAUGAGCUCCCGUCCUACUCAUAGAAAAUAUACCGCCCCUCUUCAGAAAGACAACUCGAACAAGUCCACUAAAAACGCAGUAGCCAACGCUCUUUCCCGCUCCAACAGCCUCUCCGCACCAAGAGCUACAAGAACCUCCAUGCUACGCCGUGCACGCCUCGGCGACGCAUCCGACAACGAUGGUACAGAAACCGAUCGCACGUCUCAGAACUCAGACGCCAACCCUCCCAACGCUCGCUCUCACGACAGCAAGAAGCUUUCCCGUCUGGACAUCCUGGCUUUACCGAGAAAGAGGACCGGUUCCUUUACUACACCUAGCGACACUGAAUCUUCUGCAGGCAAGACUGGAUUUUCCAACCGCAGCUCAGAGUCUGGGUUCUCGGUGCGCAAAGCUUCAGUUCCGGAUAACAAAAGCACCACGCAGAAGAGUUCAGGGGCUAUAACACGGCAGCCAAUCAUCCGCGGGCGAUCGAGCAGCGCCAAGUACGCUAGCAGCACAGCCAGCUCCAGGAGACGUCAGAAGGGCUCAGACUACACCUCCACCUCAGAGGAUGAGUAUGAGUCCAACCAGAGCACUCCUAAACAUAAACGCUCCCACCAUUCAGGGGCUUUAAACUCCUCAAGAACGCAGAAUCUGGGCCCGGUGAGACCGGCCCCGCGAUCCAGAGACUCUGAGGGGGAGGGACACGAGAGCGACGCCUUCCAGAACUGGACAACACACAGUGCAGAGAUCGCAAGGUUGAGUCAAGACCUGGCUAAAGACCUGGCCAUUCUGGCUCGAGAGAUCCAUGAUGUUGCUGGAGACACUGAGCCUCAGAAUCAAGCCACCGGAGAAGCUGUGGAACCAGUGUCUGCUAUAUCCAUCUGUGAAGAGUUGCGGCAUCAGAUUCCUGAAACCAGCCUGAAUUACCCUAAAGUUCCACCAGUUUCAGGUGUGAUCAGGAGCUCUGACAAGACUGUUAAUGAUCAAAGCCUCAAACAACAGAGGAGAAAUCAGGAACAGCUUCCUCUGGAUAACGGGCUGCUGAAUCCUGUCUCUCAGCUUUCAGUUGCUAUUAGAGAAAACACAGAGCAGCUGACUGAAAAAAUCAAGAUUUUAUUCCAUAGUAAGUCAGAGGUCUGGGAAGAGAUUGAGGCGAAGGUCAGUGCUGCUGCUGCUGCUGAUAAUGAUCCACCUUCAGAAAACCAAAAUAAGGAAAUAACAGCUAUUCUGAGAGAUCUCAGAGGAAUCCAGAAACGUUUGGAAGUGAUCAACAGAAUAAUUGAACCCAGUGGAAGUCCAGCUGUGGUGAAGUCACUGGUCACUGGGAGCUCAUCUACAGCCGGAAUGAGGACCUUCAGAGUUUCUCCCAGAGACUCCAGAACCCCCUCCUCCCAGCGCGGCGGCGGACCCUCAGCCGGGAGCCGGCGGUUUGGUAGGGGGCCUGAGGGGGAGGGGUUUGUUGUAUGAGAAUCAAAAGCCUUUAUUAAGUUAAAGUUAAAUUAAUGCUGCAUAUUUAAACACUGGUCACUGGUGUGUAAUGCUGCAGUAACGAGUGAUCAGUGUGUAGAUCAUGAGGUGAAUUUAAAUUACUUGACAAACUUUAAAAGGUUCUUUUUAAGGCUUGGCAUUAAUGGGUCCUUUUGCACUAAGGUGUGUAUUUAUAUAUAUAUUGCACCAGAAUUAAAAAAAAAAACACUAAAUAAACAUCAGAGCACUAAGUGAUUUGAGGGUACAAUGCUGGGUCACGUUGUUAAAAAAUAAAACUUGGUAUCCACUGUGUGAAAAGUGGCCUUGUGAGGCUGUUAGACUGGGAGAAAUACAUUAUAGAAUUUUGUUAGACCUCCGUGAGAUAUGUAAUGACACUGUAUUUUUUGAGUUUUUGAGUAUCUGUUGUUUUUUUUUUUUUUUUGUAAUUAAUUUGAUUUUGGUAAAACUCUCGGUGAUUGACAUGAGGAUGUAAUUAAAAUUACAAAAUAUAUAUGUAUCUUUAUUCAGGGUAUUUUAUAUAAAUGUAUAUAUUGAGGGUAAUUAAAGAAUGUAAUAAAUAAAUGUAUUUGUUCACAAUGCCACAACUAGAAAUGUAUGCACUUUAAUUACGUAGAAAUUUCUUUGUAUGUUCCAAACUAUAUUUUCUUUGGGAUGUUCGGGUGCUAACCCGAACAUCCCUUUCAGACAGCUUCCUCUUACAGCGUCCACAGUUAAUCCUGUUGGAUGUGGUUGGUGCUUCUUGGUGGUAUGCUGACAUUACCCUGUAUACCGUGGCUCUUGAUGCAUCACAAAGACUUGCUGUCUUGGUCACAGAUGCUCCAGCAAGACGUGCACCAACAAUUUGUCCUCUUUUGAACUCUGGUGUGUCUCCCAUAAUGUUAUAGUGUGCAUUGCAAUAUUUAGAGCAGAACUGUGCUCUUACCCUGCUAAUUGAACCUUCACACUCUUACAGCUCUUACUGGUGCAAUGUGCAAUUAAUGAAGAUUGAUCACCAGGCUGCUCCAAUUUAGCCAUGAAACCUAAAAUCCCACACUAAAAUGAUGACAGGUGUUUCAGUUUCAUUGUCCAACCCCUGUAUAUGAAAUAUACAAAAAUGAAGCAAAAAAGCAAGUAACAUAAUUAAAAUCCUAUCAAUUGUUAAAUUAUACCAAAAAUAUUUUGUGUACAGUAGUUUUUGCGCUUCAUUUCUGCACCAAUACUACUGUAUAUUACCAGAGUAUAACAGAAACAAACUUUAAUCAGUUUCAUUUUGUUGAAAAUAUGAAUUGAACUCAUGUAUGAAGUCAUGUUUGUUGGAGUGAAACGUACAGAAACUUACUUUAAUCAGGUCAAUGAGGAACCAAUGAGGCCUCACUCUCACUUCCAAAGCAUCCUCAAGUUGCCAUUAAUACCAGCUGCUCGUUUUUAUGAGAGUUUUUAUAUUAUAUAAGAUUAAAAUGCAAUUUAACUGUAGUUCAUCUGCUGACUUCCCACUCUGUGUAGCCUGUAUAUAUUCUGUGACGAUUAAUACUAAUAAUUAAAGCUAAUAUAGUCUAAUAAAGUCCGAUACUGAUGGUUUGCACUGACUGAGCACAAGUUCCUGUUCUGGUUUCGUGCUCUGAGAUGAAACUGCUUUCAUUUCCUCUUUACAGAGAGUGGGAGACAUUUCAUGUACAGAAUGUAUUACGUGUGUAUAAACGCAUUAUUUAAGAAGAUUGAGAGUUGUGGAUUCAGUUUGAGAAAAAGUGUUUGAGAGUUUAAAAGAGGCUUCAGUGCUAAUCUCUAUAUCAGAGGCACAUACAGCUCUACAGGAAAAAGUGAAGAGAGCACUUCAGUUUCUGAAUCAGUUUCUCUGAUUUUGCUAUUUAUAGGUUUAUGUUUGAGUAAAAUGAACAUUUGUUUUAUUCUAUAAACUACAGACAACAUUUCUCCCAAAUUACAAAUAAAAAUAUUCUCAUUUAGAGCAGAAAAUGUUCAGAAAUCAAUAUUUGAUGGAAUAAUCCUGGUUGGUUUUUAAUCACAGUUUUCUUCAUGCAUCUUGGCUUCAUGUUCUCCUCCACCAGUCUUACACACUGCUUUUGGAUAACUCAAGCAGUUCAGUUUGGUGGUUUGAUGGUUUGUGAUCAUCCAUCUUCCUCUUGAUUAUAUUCCAGAGGUUUUUAAUUUGGUAAAAUCAAAGAAAAUCAUCAUUUUUAAGUGCUCUCUUAUUUUUUUUCAGAGCUGUAUUUCUGGGAGUGAAAGUGCUUAAAAAUGCUGCUUAAAUUGUAAUUUAGUUCUGGGCUCUGAUUAUUAUUAUUAUUAUUAUUAUUAUUAUUAUUAUUAUGACUAUUUUUUUGUUUGUUUAUUUGUUUGAUCCUCCUUCUGGAAAUCUUCCUUCCUGCUGCAGGUUUCAGCUCCAACCCAAAACAUCUAGCUAGCUACCUUUUUCACCAAAUCCUGAGUUUCUGAAGAAAUAAAUAAUCAUUUUGAUCAGUUGAAGUGGUGAAUUAGGGUUGGAUUCUGCAUGAAGUCUGCAAGAAUAUCUUUAGUUCUUCAGGAGCAGAACAGGAGAUUACUCACUGCUUUAUAUAUGUAAGCAAACAGCUAAAGCAUCCGGCAGCACAAGACAUCACUAAACUACAUCUACGGCUUUGGGUUUUUGGGUCAUUUUUAACAAAUCCUGCUACUAUUAUUUUAUUUUUAUUUUAUUUAUUUUUUUUAUCUCUUCGAUAUUUUGAUUGAAAAGCUUGUAAGAGACAUGGUGCUGUAAAAAGCUCUGAACUUUGUUUUGAUGUAUCUUUACAUUUGGGAUCAUUUUGUAUAUUUUGUGGUAAAUCUGUAAAUGUGAUCUUUUUUGUUUAUUUUCAAAUUAAAUAUAUUGGAGUAACCAG